AUUCUAACGAGGUCCAGCCAUUCUCAUAUAUGUGAAUCUGAACCAAAAGGAAGGUCCACAUAGCAAGAGUUGGCUAGGUGAAAAAUGGCCUGUAACAAAGGAAAAAGAAGUGUUGAGUAGACACGACAUGUGAAUGAAAUGGAAAACAAUAAAAAUUUUUGGUUUAAUUUUAGUUUCAUUUCAUUUCAUUUUGUCUUGUCUUGUCUUGUCUUGAUGCUUCUUGUUCAUCACUAAAGAAUCCUUUGUUCAGUGUUGAUGUUGCAAUGGAUGGGUUUCCAACCACCAAAAAGAUCCGAUCUUAUCUGUAAACAUAAAGAAAAAGAAAACAUCAUGGUAAAUAUUUCGACCUCUUGGCCAAAGGUCUAUCUGUCUCUCCGAAAAGCCGUCGGAUCCCAAAAUUGUUCAUGACGACGACGAUAAUGAUAACAAUGAUGAAUAAAAAAAAAAAAAUAAAAAAAAAAAAAAAAAAAAAAAAAAAAAAAAGACCACUUGACUUGGGAAAAAAAAUUUACUUUCUUACGAUAACUGCAGUAGUUUGAACGUCACGAUCUUUCUUGAGAGGAUUGUACGAAUUGUACGGUAUCUUCCAUUUCAUUUCUUGUUCUAAUUCCUAUUCAUAAACGACUUUUUCACAGUUGUCUUUUUUUUUUUGGUCAGUUUAUUUUCUAUGGCUCAAGCUUCCUUUCAUAUUGAUCAUGACCUCCGUCAAGAGCUCAUGGAUCACUUGGUCAAUGUUUUGCAUCAACGCUGUAAAGAAAUUCCUGCAUCCCAAUUGUAUGUUUUAGCCGUCAGUUUUGAUCGAUUCGCCCAAAUUAAAUCGACAACAUUACAUACAUAUGUACAACAAUACCAAGAAAAAUUCACUAGGUAUCAUUCCGCUCUUCCACUAAAGGCUCUAUCAUACAUAUACUCUUCAGUUUCUCAUAAUCCUCCCUAUGAAUCUGUGCAUUCCUCAUUAACAGACUCUUUUGGUAUAAAUCAAUCUGUUUCCACUCCUCCGCCUUCUUCUUCUUCUUCUUCCUCUUCCUCUUCUUCGUCUACACCAAAUAACCUUGACUUUCAAACCCCCUCCUCUUUUGAACAUGCUCAAGCUCAAUCCAAAUCAGGUCCGUUUGUUUCUCAGCCGCUUUCGAAACUUUCUUCCCCUAUUCAAGACUCUUCGAAAGAGUUUGACUUCACGCAUCCCUCCCUGCAGGUCCAUUCUUCCUCUCUCCCCACGCAUUUAUCAAAUUCAUAUCCUCGAGAUCCUUCUCACGAAAUCAACAGCCGCUCUUUUUUUGAAAAUGAAUUUUCUAAUGUCCCUUAUACCACCGAAGAUAAAGAUCAUCACCUUUUUUUUCUCAGCGAUAACGAUCUAACCUUUCCAAAUGAGUCCCUUUAUUUUCCUCUUCCUUCAAUGCAAAACGAAGAAAAUUCAGGCGCCUUUUUUCCCACUCCUUAACAUUUGUUCCCCAUCUUUUGAGAAUCUUCUGGUCUAUCGGCCCUUACUCUCGAUUACUACUACUUCAGUCUCUUGUUUUCUGUUAUGUUAUCAUGUCUUUUCGUUCUCUUGGCGAUUUUGUUUGUAUAUUUACCUCCCAAUAUCUACCAGUGCUCUUUGUUUAUGAAUCUUUAUUUUUAAUACUUAAUUUUGCUCUGAUGCUCCCAUUUGUGUUUUGUUUCCAUGUUCUCUUCUAAUAAUUCGAUUUCUCACCAUUCCUACUACCUUAGUAAUCAAAUCAAGCUUUUUACAAA